AUGGUAGGAACAGGAAUCAGCCCCGCUGCCAUUGUUAAGCAUCACAAAGCUAUUAGAGCAGUGUUAGAUUGGAAGAAAGAUUCACUUCAAGUCCUCCGCGACUACUUGAUCAGGCGUCAACGAGGCGACGGCCUGUUGACCAGCGAAAUGCUGAAGAAGGGGAACUUGAGAGGGGACACGACCUUGCACGAAGCCGCGAGGUUUGGGCGAUGCAAUGUCGUAGAAAUCAUGUUGGACAAGGAUGAAGGCUUGGCUUUGGCACGCAAUAGUUUGGGCGAGACACCGCUUUACGUUGCCGUUGCAUCAGGGAAGAAAGAUGCGUUCGUUUUGGUGAAGGGGAAACUAAACAAGGACAGCGUAACAACAACGAGAAAUGACGGCUGCACUCUCCUUCACGCCGCCGUCACCGGAGAAUAUUAUUGGAAGCGUCUUCUUCUUACCACUAAAGUUGUAGCUUAA